AUGGCAUUGAUCAACUAUGCCACGAGCAACUGCGCGGGCCCGGGCUCCGUGUGGUGGCAGACACCUUUCGGCCUAGGGCCUGAAGAAGAGAAGCACUUCCUCCGUUGCUCCGUACAUGACCGCACACGUCUGGCUGGCGAGCUCUCUGCAGUGUCCGGCAUCUUCCCACCCUGGGUUUACUGCUAUCAUGGUGUCAGAUUGCUGAUCUACGCACUAUCCUGUUGUCUGCAUGUGGGCUACGCCAUCUGUGCAUGCCGCGUGGACUUGCAACACGCCCUUCUGUCGGCUUUUGCUCGUGUGACACUCUGGACGGCGGUCCUGGAGAUUUGUGGCUUUUGCAAUAUGACUGGUCCACUUGGCAGAAACCAAAGCUGGCUGGAACCACUCUGGUACCGGCUGACAGCCGGUACACUGAAACAGCCGCUGCUGCCUUUCGCGGCACUUCCACGUAAGCGCGGGCCAGCUGACCAACUGCUCUUCUUGCUCUACCUCUGCAGUGCCUCAGCUUUCCUGAUUUCCCCGCUCCCGUUGGACGAAAAUCUUGUGAAGCUGCGACUGACCGUGCUUCUGUUGACGCUGCUUUGUCUCUUGGACAGGACAGCCUACACCGGACCUGCUGGCUGCCAGCUCGUGCAGCUCGCACACCUCUUUAUGCCAGGUGUGGCCAAGAUGGGGCCUUGGUUCCCCGAAGUCUUGCCGAGCAUGGUUGGCUUUUGCCCCUUCCUGCCCCAGUGCCUCAAGGAGAAAAUGUUCAGGCGCGAUGCUGGUGGAGGGCUUCAAUUUUUACGGUUCUCGCCAGCUGCUGGCAUGGCCAGUGUGUGCGUUGUCCUGUUGGAGAUCGUUUGCCCAGGAUUUCUUGUCUGUUCUUGGGAGAGGCUCCAGACGACUGGCGUGGUGCUUGCUGUUGGCCUACACCUCUGCAUCGUCUUCCUGAUGCCUCCUGGGGCUGUUGGCGAGUGGAAUCUCUUCAAUGCAGCAAGCACUGCGUACCUCUUCGGCAUGAUGAAGACCCAACCGCUGCAGUCAGAUCCCGGCAUCCUCGCAUCGCCUUUGAUGAUCUUCGUUGCAUUGAUGGUUCUUGGUGGGCCACUCCUGGCGAAUUUGAGGCCAGACGCAGUCGGCAACCACUUUGCAUUGCGAAAGUACACUGGCAACCACCCGUACCACACCUUCCUGAUUCCCAGAUCGGCCACGUGGAAGAUGAAGAAGUUCAAGACCUUCGCGCCGCUCGCGAGCGUUCCGCCGUCCGCCCGAGCAGAACUGCUGUCACGCGCCGCCUUCCACUCCUUGGUACGGGGAAGGCUGAACCUCAGGCGAGCUCUUGACAUUCUGGUUCUUGCACUUCCUGCUGGGGCACUUGAGGAUGUUGUGUGGUUUGAUUUGGGCUUCCUCCUGUCGCAGACGUUGCUGGACGUCUCCUUUCUGGAUCGGCAGCUCUUGGCAGAACUAGGCCAAUGCUUCGAGGCCGGUGAGCUUUAUUCCUUCCGUGUGUCCUCGUUCCCAACCUUCACACGCUGGCCGCACCGCGCACCCUGGGAGCUUUUGGACGUCGGAGCAGAGCUCGUAGUGGCCUCCGGCCAUGUGCGUGCGGAUGAGACCUUCGAAUGCGACACUUCAAGGCUGGCAGUCGCUAGCGAGACUUUCGUCGCUUCUCACGUCUGGGACCUCCCCAUCCCGGCCAAGGCCAUCUACACCCCUAAUCUCGAAUCCCGAAGCCAAGACCUCUUGCACCUUCCUCGCAUGCCUCAGAUGCCCGCGGGCGAAGUCGCGGAUUCCCUAGUCUUGGUUGAACAUCCUUCCCCCAUAGAGCUCAUUCGGUCCUUCGUGGUCCUUUCCCGCCUCGGGAUUGCCAUCAUGCUCGGAACAAGCGGAGGUCUUUGGCUCGCCCUGACCAGGGACGUGACAAACAUCAUGUUGAAUGCAGUGGCGCUGCUCUUUGUGUUGGAGAUCGAUGACUUGUUGUACAAGGUCCUGGCACCCAAGCACGCCAUCAAGUACUUGGCUUCCGUCCGUGAGUUUGAGGUCGGCCAUCGCAAGACAUGGGCAGGGGUGGACAUGUCCUGCGUUGUGAAGGUCACUACGCUGGUCCUCACUCUCGGCUGCUUCAUCCGAUACACCGUCUGGGAGAAUGCCGUCCAGGCAGACCAUGCUCGUCGUCUCCUCUGCGGCGGCAACCAGGACUUUGUCUACGGAUCGCACCCUUCCUUGGGGCCGGUCUUCGUGGCAGACACGCUGCCCUUCGACCAGCGAGCAGCGAACAUGCUUCCUGGCAUGCGACCUUUGGUGAACCAGGUAGUCUUCAACUACAAUGUUGCGGAUAUGGACAAGUACAUGUGGAGGAAGGAAGUCAACGGCAAAUUGUUGGCGGUGAAGCAUCUGCCAUCAGCGGCGGAGAUGGAAGCCUGGCUCCAUAUGUCCGAUACCGAAGCACCAGAGGAGAGCGCCUUCGGCAGCCGGAGCUACGGAACAUUCUGCAAAGAUCAAGACGAUCCAGAGUGGUGGGAGGCCGAGUGGAUUUGGCCUACCUUGGAG